AUGGCGGCGGCGGCGCUGGAACCCUGGCAGACGGCGGCUCCGCGGAGCAGGCGCUCUGCGGCUCGGCGUCCGCGGCCGAGGGAGGAGACGGCGGCCCCGAUCCCGCAGGCGGAGCCCGAGGUGGACGCCGGAGUCGUGCUUCGUCGCAUCCGGGAGGCCGGGGAAGACCUGCUUAUUUCUGAUUUCUGGCGGUCAGCACUAGAAACCAUCAACAGAUGUCUUACGCAACAUCUGGAACAACUGAGUGCCCCUGUGGGCACCCUUCCGGAAGCCAUUGGAAAUCUGCCCCUCGACUCCUCACCAGAUGAGUCCGAUGCGGCCCCCCGCUCCAUCCCGGGAGAGACCCUGGUCUCGGGGACCUGCGAUCGGAAGUGUGUGUGCUACGGCAUUGGAAACUUUGCCACCUGCGUCAUAGCUAGAAAUCAGCUAACGUUUUUGCUCCUCUUCCUGGAAGAGUGCCAGAUUCCCAGAAGUCACUGCUGCUUAUAUGACCCUCUGUUGAGCCAGCUUGAAAUUGCUGUUCUUAACACCCUGGGGGUGAUUGUCCUCAGUGAGAACGAGGAAGGAAAACGGAGCAUCUGUGGUGAGCCCACCAUCUUUUACAUGCUGCAUUGUGGGACAGCCCUGUACAACAACCUUCUAUGGAGCAACUGGUCAGUAGAUGCCCUUUCCAAGAUGGUCAUCAUUGGGAACAGUUUCAAAGGCCUGGAGGAAAGGCUGUUGACAAGGAUUCUGCAGAGAAAUUAUGCCUACGUUGCAAAGAUUUUAAAAGGACUGGAGGAGCAUGAGUUUCCUCAGACUCCACGGUACACAGACAUAUUUAAUGACACCUCUGUCCACUGGUUCCCUGUCCACAAGCUAAAGCAACUCUCCACAGACACUUGGGCGUUCCGGGAAGAACCAGAUUAUCAGGGCUGUGAGGACCUUGAGAUCAUCAGGAACAAGACGGCUCCUUCAGCGGUGGACUCGGACCUGCUGUGACGUGUCAGGCGUUGGC